CGCCUCCUUCCUCCGCUACCGCGGGGCGGGCCGGAACUUUUAUCCUUAGGAACUGGUUUAUACAGCAGAGUGUUGCCGGCCGGCGUCAAGGAGAAUAGGGUGCUAUCUUCUUCCUCUCACCGUCGCCGCCGCGGAGCGGAGCUGAGCCCAUCAGAUCAAGGAGCGCGGUGACCGGGAGGGUUGGGUCUAUGGUCGCUCCGCGGGCCAUUCCGCCGGCUGGUGCUUUUUUAUCAGGGCAAGCUGUGUUCCAUGGCAGGGAACUUUUGGCAGAGCUCCCACUAUUUACAAUGGAUUUUGGAUAAACAAGAUCUGUUGAAGGAACGCCAAAAGGAUUUAAAGUUUCUCUCAGAAGAAGAGUAUUGGAAAUUACAGAUAUUUUUUACAAAUGUUAUCCAAGCACUAGGUGAACAUCUUAAAUUAAGACAACAAGUUAUUGCCACUGCUACGGUCUAUUUCAAGAGAUUCUAUGCAAGGUAUUCUCUGAAAAGUAUAGAUCCUGUAUUAAUGGCUCCUACAUGUGUGUUUUUGGCAUCCAAAGUAGAGGAAUUUGGAGUAGUCUCAAAUACAAGAUUGAUUGCUGCUGCUACUUCUGUAUUGAAAACUAGAUUUUCAUAUGCCUUUCCAAAGGAAUUUCCUUAUAAGAUGAACCAUGUAUUAGAAUGUGAAUUCUAUCUUUUAGAAUUAAUGGAUUGUUGCUUGAUAGUGUAUCAUCCUUAUAGACCUUUGCUCCAGUAUGUGCAGGACAUGGGCCAAGAAGACAUGUUGCUUCCCCUUGCAUGGAGGAUAGUGAAUGAUACCUACAGAACGGAUCUUUGCCUACUGUAUCCUCCUUUCAUGAUAGCUUUAGCUUGCCUGCAUGUGGCCUGUGUUGUACAGCAGAAAGAUGCCAGACAGUGGUUUGCUGAGCUUUCUGUGGAUAUGGAGAAGAUUUUGGAAAUAAUCAGGGUUAUUUUAAAAUUGUAUGAGCAGUGGAAAAAUUUUGAUGAGAGAAAAGAAAUGGCAACUAUUCUUAGUAAGAUGCCGAAACCAAAACCUCCUCCAAACAGUGAAGGAGAGCAGGGUCCAAAUGGAAGUCAGAACUCUAGCUACAGCCAAUCUUAAAACAUUCCGAAGAAUUUCAUAGUGGACCAGUUGGAAAUAAACCAUUGGACAGAUUUCAGUAAUGUCUUCAAUGGAACACAAAUGAAAAUGAAUAGCUUGUUUCUGUCAAGCAUAUUGGGAAGUGAUUUUAUUUUUGCAAAAUGUUUUCCUUACCUAAUUUGAUUCUAAUACAUAAUUGUUUAAAAUCUAUUGUUUAUGAAAGUUUGGAAAGGUUCUAAGAGGACCUACAGACAGACAUACAGAGACUUUUGAAAAUAGCUUCUGAUUAGUAAAAUUUUUCUUAAUUUGGAUAAUAGAAAUUUUAGCUUUUUAUUAAGCCAGAAAACAUGAAACAUAAUUUGUUUAAAAUUCUCUUUGGUCACUGAAUGACCAAAAAAGGAAAUAAGUCAAAAUAUAUGGGGGUCUUUUUUUUUUUCUCCUUAAGUUAAACUUUAAAAUUGUAUUUAAGGAAUCAAAUCUUACAAAAUCCUGGAAGGUUUUGGUGAUGAUGAUGAUUUCAGGGAAAUGAAUCAAUUACCUAUGAUUUUAAAGUAUAUUUUAUUCAGUAGCUUUGGUAUCUUGCCAUGGAGGAUACUAGCCCAGCCUAGCAGAAAAGUGCAAUAUGUACAGCAUACUUUUGACAUUUUAAAAGUUAUACUCCAUAACCAUUUUGAAAUGCUGGGCAAACAUUUAAAAAAAUUGCAUUUAAUUCAGUUAAUCAGGCAUUUUGAAUGCUAAUUGGAUGGAAACUGUAAUAUGGUUGAAAUUUGUUAACAUUUUUGUUAUUUUUACUGUGAAGUUUUUAUAUGACGUACACACCCUGGUUUAUUUUUGUGUCUUAGUGUGGACUUACAGAUUUAUUACAGGAAUCCUGAGCCAGGAACACAGUCAGGUUUCAGGCCAGUUAGAUACUGGCUGUUCUUAAUUCUCAUCUGAGUGUAGGACUUCAGACUAAAUGUUAUGUCAGUGGGACUUUGCUGUCUGUAGAAGUUACUAAAUUACAUGAUCGUUUUCUUCAGACUUGAAGGAGAGUGAUAAAAUUUGGAGUCAUAGGAUAUUGAUGUACAAUUUAAGGAUUAAAAAUUUUUAUAAUUCAAUUGUGAAUAAUGGAUUAUUAAAUGUUGACUUCCUAGUAUAAAACUACAAGAAUAAAAAUACAUUCUCCAGCUA